AUGUGUCCGCACACUGGCCUCAAUACCUCGGACUCCAUACCCUCGUCAUCUUACUUCGGACCCGUCUUCGAACCUACCUUCGAACCGUAUCUAUACGCGGACGACUUCCUCCAAGCGCAACACCUCGAACAGCAAGUCGUGCACCUGCGCUAUCUGAACGCAGAGCUAGAAGACGAAGCUUCAAUUAGAGAGGAGGAGAUUGACGCCUUGUAUGCAUGGAUCAAGCGUGCUAAGAGAUUGAAUGGACAAAACUACAGACAAGACUCUAUCCCCCAACAUCCCACAUCCUCACAAAUCCCCGCCCCAAGCAGCAGCAUGAGAAGCAAUCCUCCUACCAAGCGCGAGAGAAACGGUGGUCACAAUGGUGACAAGGUCCAGGUAAACAGACCCCACGACCAGGAUCCCGGUUUCCACCAAAUUCAAAUCAAACUCGCACUCCUGGGCUUUCAGGCUCAAAUCGAUGGCUUGGCUGCGCAGAUUGCGGCUUUGCAAGAGCGGUUCGUGCUGCUUGGAGGGGAUUUUAGUGAGUAUGAUGGUGAGGACGAUGGGGGGAGUGGGGUUGGGGCUACGGAGGCCGGGGGUUGCGGACUCAGGGCUGGGGUUCAGCUUCCAGGUGGUGUGUGGUCGCCUGCGGAUUUCUCGCUCAGGGGUGGGAAUGGGAAUGGGAAGGAUGUGGGUUGGCAUUUGGUUGAGAAAGAGAAGUCAAGGGGUGUGAUGGGGAGUGGAAGUCAAGAUGAGCUUGUUGGGUGUAAUGAAGACCAAGGCUAUCGGAGCGGCGAUGGCGAUGCUGAGGAUGGUCCUGAGGAGGAACGGGUGGUUGAAGUGGAUAGAGAGUAUAUCUAUGCACUUGAGCGCCAAAUCGAUAGGCUGGAGGAGAAGGUGCAACGGCUCAGGAACUGCUCCUCUUCAGCACAGCAUGGGAAGACGCAGUCCUCACCUCUACAACCACCAUCAAUACCUCCUAGCCCGCAAGCAGAACAUCCAUCAGCAGAUCCCACCCCUCACUUCCGCGGAGAAAGUAGCCAUUCCUACUUCCCCACUCCUCUCCGAACCCCCUACUUCCCCAACUUCUCACACAACAAUCCCACAACACACGCAUCCUCCUCCCACGAUACAAACCCACUCCACCCACAACCCCUUCCUCAUAACUCCACAGAGUCAUGGAUCCAUCGAGUCACCGUCCUGCAAAUCCACAACGCGUUCCUGGAACGCGAGGUGCAGGACUACAAAGACAUGUGCGAGAGUCUGAUGGGCGAUGUAAGGUGGCAGAUGGGGACGCAGGUUGAACUGGAGGAGUUGUGUGAGGAGCUUGAGGGGGAGAGGGACAAGCUGUUGAGGGAGGUGGAGGGGUUGAAGAGGGGGAUCAGAGGGGGUGGUGGCGAGGCUGAGGGUCGAUGUGUAGGGGAUGGCCAAGGAGUUGAGGGAACUGCAGAGGGAGUGGGUUCAUCGGCUGUUGAUGGCAAUGAGCAAACGAGUACCUCGUCUUGCAUCUCGCACAGUCUCGACUCCGAAGAAUGCUCGACAUCAAACAUCCCCUACACAGCAUUCACAUACCUCCAAACUCAGUCCUACAUACUCUUUCCCACCACUCCCCCGCGAAUCUUCCACUUUCCAUGCGCCCCGACUCUCCCGCUCAUCCACGCGGCGCUCCAUCACCGCGCAAGAUACGUUGGCAAGGAUAAUCCGUUCCUUACUCGUGCAUGCGAGAUUCUGGAUCGGCGCGAGGCCAUGGGGAUUCGCUUGCCGGAUAGGUUUGAUGAUGACCAGGUUGUGGUGGGCUUACCGGGGGGAAUGGGAGGAGAAUGGGAAGGAAGAAUGGGAGGGCAUGGGGAUGUGGAGAUAGCGGCGUGGGUAGCUGGAGAGCGGGACUUUGGAGGGAUGGCGCAGUUGAUUGGGGCAGUGGUGCUUGGUGGGGAGGAGGAUGAGUAUGGAGACUCGUUUGAUGGUGUGGGGAGUGAGCUUCACGCUGAGACUGGGACGAUCAUGAGAAUCUUUUGUGGUUGUCUAGAUUGCACUGGGGGAGCGCAAGGGGAGUUGUAUGGACAAGGUCUGCGCGGUGGUGGGUAUAAAGGUCCUUCCAGUUCCUUCGCCAACUCAAACAACAGCCUGCACUUCGAGCAUGGCAGCCCCGAUCGCGCAUGCAACGAAGCCAUUUCACCCAGCUCAUCCACGAAUAUCAGCAUUCCACCAAACUCCCCUCACUCAGCCGAGACAGCAAGACCGAGCCCUCCAAAUUCAACGCAAGUCCCCAAACAUGAGGACCACACCAAACAGUCAACCCCCAAGGUCCCCCGAGCACCAACCCCCACCCACGAAGAAGACCUCUGGCAAUACCACCCCAAGGGCAGAGGCUGCGAGGAAUGGACGACCAAUCUCGACCGAAACCGACAACAGUGUACAUAUUGCCAUUUACCAUUUCCAACCCCAGACUUUCGGGGGAGAUGCAGUUCGGUGGAAAGUACGGGGCACGAAGACGAAGCACCGAUACCAAUGCAUACAUUGCCUGUGGAGAUGCUCAACCCCCAACCUCCCUUCCCCCCGCCAAACCAUCCCUCUCCUCCCUCUCCUCCGCCCGCUCCAGCCAACCCUCCCCAAACACCACCCACAAACACCACAAACACAAACGCACUCACCCACCCCCCCAACCCCAGCCGCACAUCAACAUCGCACGCCCCAGCGCCUUCGACGAGCGCGGGAAUAAGCGGUAUAGUGCCCGGUAUACAAGCUACGCCGGCGUGA